AAACCAAACCCCAAAUAAACCCAGACAGAGCAGAGAGAGAAGCCGCAAAAAUGGGGAAGAAGGAGCAGUUAGCAGAGCUACUCGGAACCCUAGGAGACUUCACCAGCAAAGAGAACUGGGACAAGUUCUUCACCAUUCGCGGCACCGACGACUCCUUCGAGUGGUACGCCGAGUGGUCCGAGCUCAGAGAUCCUUUGCUCUCCCACCUCCCUCCCCAACCCCAAAUUCUCGUCCCCGGCUGCGGCAGCUCCCGCCUCUCCGAACACCUCUACGACGCCGGCUUCACUUCCAUCACCAACAUUGACUUCUCCAAGGUCGCCAUUUCGGACUGCCUCCGCCGCAAUGUUCGCCACCGCCCCGACAUGCGUUGGCGCGUCAUGGACAUGACCGCCAUGCAGUUUUCGGAGGAGGCAUUUGAUGUUGUAGUUGACAAAGGUGGAUUGGAUGCCUUAAUGGAACCAGAGAUGGGGCCUAAGCUUGGGGAUCAGUAUUUAUCAGAGGUGAGAAGAGUUUUGAAGUGUGGGGGGAAAUUUGUUUGCCUUACACUGGCAGAGUCACAUGUUUUAGCUUUGCUUUUCUCGAAGUACCGGUUUGGGUGGAAAAUGGGUAUUGAUGCCAUACCUCAGAAACCGUCUGGUAAGCCAAGCCUUCAAGCAUAUAUGGUGGUUGCUGAGAAAGAGGUUUCCAGCGUGUUGCAGGAUGUCACAAUAUCUUUCAAUAAGUCUUCUUUUGCUUGUAGGGGAAGUCAGGCUUCUGGACUUCUUGAAGCUGUUGAUAAGGAGAACCAAAUUCGUAGAGAAUACUUCCUUGGUUCGGAUGUAUUGUACUCUCUUGAAGAGUUAAAUCUUGGAGCUAGAGGGGAUUUGACUAAACUUUCCCCAGGCAGUCGUUUUCAGCUUAAUUUGGGCGGUGGAUCCCGUUUCAGUUACAGAGCUGUAGUUCUUGAUUCUCAGGAAUCAUCUGGUCCAUUUGCGUAUCAUUGUGGGGUUUUUAUUGUGCCUAAGACUCGGGCUCAUGAAUGGCUAUUCUCCUCUGAGGAAGGACAAUGGAUGGUAGUAGAAAGCUCUAAGGCAGCUCGUCUAGUAAUGAUUUUAUUAGAUGCCAGCCAUGUUAGUGCCAGCAUGGAUGACAUUCAGAAGGAUUUAUCUCCCUUGGUUAAACAAUUGGCGCCUGGAAAAGAUGACAAUGGAGCCCAGAUUCCAUUCAUGAUGGCAAGUGAUGGGAUCAAGCAACGAGAUAUUGUUCACCAGGUCACAUCAACAAUAACUGGCCCAAUUAUAGUUGAGGACGUGAUUUAUGAAACUGUUGAUGGUGAUAUCAGUCGCAUUCUACCAUCCAGAGAGUUGACAUUUCGUCGCCUUGUUUUCCAAAGAAGUGAGGGUUUGGUUCAGUCUGAAGCUCUUCUAUCAGAGGAAGGAUCUAACAGUAAAGUUGUUGGUGAGACAGAGAGAAAAAAGACAAAUUCAUCUUCCCGAUCUAAAAGAAAAGGAAUCCAGAAAAGAAGUGGUGAAACAAGCCACCAGCUGAAGGUCUAUCAUGGAUAUUUGGCUAGUUCUUACCAUACAGGGAUUAUUUCUGGAUUAAUGUUGAUCUCUUCUUAUUUGGAAGGCAUGGCAUCAGCUCACAAAUCAGUUAAAGCAGUUGUAAUUGGUCUUGGAGCAGGUUUACUUCCUAUGUUCCUUAACAGAUGUCUGCCCUUUGUGCACACUGAGGUGGUGGAGUUGGACCCUGUAGUCCUCAAACUUGCAAAAGAAUACUUUGGUUUUGUUGAAGAUGAUUGCUUACAGGCGCACGUUGCUGAUGGGAUUCAGUUUGUUAGAAAUAUUGCAAAUUCUGCUGCUUCUGAUGAAACUUCUCUUGUUCAAGACGAGAAGGAUGCUCAAUGCAACACUUCUUCCAAUGGUGAUUUCGAAAGCAAGGUGAUUUCAAAGGUUGACAUACUUGUUAUUGAUGUGGAUUCGGCAGACUCAAGCUCUGGGAUGACCUGUCCUGCAGCGGAUUUCGUGGACGAAUCAUUUCUUCAGACUGUAAAGGAUGCACUUUCUGAGAAAGGUCUAUUUAUUAUUAAUUUGGUAUCACGGUCGCAAGCCAUAAAAGACACUGUUAUUUCGAGGAUGAAGGUGUUUAGCCAUCUCUUCUCCCUUCAGCUUGAAGAAGACGUCAAUGAAGUAAUCUUCGGUCUUUGCUCAGCUUCUUGUAUCGAGGAGGUUUCCUUCCCUGAAGCCGCUCUUCAACUUGAGAAAUUACUAAAACUGGAACACACGGAGAUAAGCCAAAGCAUUAUAAAUACUACGAAGAAGUUGAGACAUUUGAAGUGACUCCAAUUGAUUGAAGUUUUCAGAGAUGAUGCCUCUAAAUCAUGUCAUUGGCGCCCGCAACUCAACCACUUGUAAGAAGAGUCUUCAGGUUCAAUUAAUAUUGCGAGAGGAUACUCGUUAAGAAUGCGUGCUGGAGCCGCGGAUUGGUUCUCUUGUUCAGCUACUUGAAUGCUUGUCUGGGUUACUCUGCCAUCGAGAUCUUGUGAGAAUGAUCUGUGUUGUCCGUACGAAAGUCACAAAAUUAUUGAGAAAAAUUGGUUACAAUUACAAAGACAAGACUAGUGCAAUGAAACGAGAUAUCUAGAUUGUUCCAA